CAUGCGGAAUUCAGUCGCAGUUCUGGUGUACUAUCAUCGUUAACGUUUUUCUAUAGACUAGAACUUAUUACGGAAGAAUUGCAAGGAUCGAUCGAUCGUAAUAUAAUUCGAACAACGUGGAAUUUAAAUAGAAAAAGAAAUUGAUAAUAUGUGAGAGGCUCGUUUAGCGAACGUAUAGUUAUUAAAAUUAUCUGGAUUGACCUUACUAAAUCAUGCUCCUAGUGAUCCUUUUUCUUUACUUACUUCAUCCCUUAGUGAACGGCAAUUUAAACAGAACGAAUUGGCCGAAAAAAAUCUUUAACAUUUAUUGGAACGUUCCUACCUAUGUUUGUCAUCAGCAUGGCGUCUACUUCAAUGAGUUGACAAAAUUUGAUAUCAAAUAUAAUUCUAAGGGAAAUUAUCGCGGUGAAACGAUAUCACUCUUUUAUGAUCCUGGAAAUUUUCCUGCUAUGGUGCCACUCAAAAAUGGUACAUAUGACAUAAGAAACGAAGGAGUUCCUCAAAAAGGUAACAUCACAGUUCAUCUCCAACAAUUUACCAAAGAAUUAGAUGAAAUAUAUCCAAAGAAAAUUUCCGGUGGUAUUGGUGUGAUAAACUUUAAUAAAUGGAGACCAAUCUUUCGACGCAAUGUGAAUAAUUUAAAGAUAAUUAAGGAGGUUUCCAUAGAUCUUGUUCGCAAGGAACAUCCAAAAUGGGAUAAAUCGAUGAUCGAAACGGAAGCGUCGAAUAGAUUCGAAAAAUCUGCCAGAAUAUUUAUGGAAAAAACUUUAAAAUUGGCGAAGAAUAUUAGGGAUAAGAAUAAAUGGGGUUAUCACGGGUAUCCCUAUUGUCCUACUGCUUCAACUGGUAAUCCUAGCUUUGAUUGUGACGCUCUAGCGAUGAACGAGAACGACAAGCUAUCGUGGCUGUUCAAGUAUCAAGACGUACUUUUGCCAUCCGUCUAUGUGAAACAUGUUCUAAAACCAGAGGAAAAAAUUGGUCUAGUACGAGGAAACGUGAAAGAAGCUGUUAGAAUCUCAAAAAAAUUUGAACAUUUACCUAAAGUACUAUCUUAUUGGUGGUACGCAUAUGAAGAUAAAAUGGACACUUUUCUUACCGAGACCGACGUGAAAAAUACUUUCCAAGAAAUUCUUAUUAAUGGUGGGGAUGGUAUUAUUAUAUGGGGUGUCAUGCAUGACUUAAACAACAAAAAGAAAUGUGAAAAAUUGGAACAGUACUUAUCGACGAUUUUGGGACCAAUCGCUUUUAAAGUGAUGGAAGCUGUCAAAAAAAGAACACCAUUAAACUUUUAAUACGAUCUAUAACCUAUUACCGAUGGUGAUAGGGUGCGUUCAAUGAUCUGCUUUGUAAAUAUUACUCUUAUUGCAACGAUACCAUCACAUUGAAAAGAUUUGUCACAGACAAAAAAUAAAACUGUAAUUUACAAGA